GGCCGUCCUGAGUAUGAGUGUUCAGCACUUCCUGGGCGGCCUCAUCACCACGCUCACCUUCACUACCAUGAUGCAUUGCACUCAGAGGGCAGAGGAAAGCAUUCAGUCGACCCACUACAGCUUCCUGUCCACUCUGGAGGUGCUGGGGAAGCUGAUGUUCAGCGCUCUGGCCGGAGGCAUGGUGGAUUGGUUUGGUUUUCAAGUUGCCUUCCUCUUCUUCCUCACCCUCUCCGCCGCCACAGCCCUGCAUGUGUGGACGGCCACCUUCACCGGGGCUCUCAGGGAACACCAGCUCAAAGAGCCUCCCAAGUGAGGUCAGGAUCGGGGCGUCUGCAGCGGAAAAUGUUUUGACAAAACUCGAGUUUGGAGCUUCAAAGCCCCUGAAUCCCAAUUAAAUAUAACACUCAUGAGUCAUGACUUCAGCAAAUUAAAUAUACGUCUAGAAGAAGUUGACUUUUUGCCAUUUUGAAGGAGAAACCAGCCAUGUGGUUAAGUGCUCUACUGCAGAGUGUGCUUUCUUUAUUUUUUUCAAAUUGCACAGUUGUCAUUUCACUGGCAAAACUGGCCUUUUUUUAAUUUUGCAAUUGAAAUGCCUGGAAAAGUCUUAAUAUUGACAGUAGCGUGAGGACGAGCGCAUUGAGUAUUACGCCUAUUGGACAGAAUGAGAUUAGUGCAGCCGUUGAGUUGAUGAUUGGCAGUGGAGAAUACUGUCCUGAGAGUUGAGAAGUACUUUGGGACACAUAAUCAAAAGCUGUUUUUUAUCAUCUGAGCCAUUUUAAUAUUUUAAUAAGCCAGCAAUAAGAGCUGUAGCCAAAAGCAAUAUCGCUACUUGUGAUGCUUGUUCUAUCAUACUGUAUGAAUAUGUUAGUCGUUCUCCUGAGUUGUAUGGUUUACAUUUCAAGAUGAAUAAAUCUCUACUACCUCGUAUCAGCGCUGUAAGGUACGACGCACAGGAGGCACAUGUACAGGAGCUGCCAGUAGAGCUUACACUCUUUUAAGAUGAAUAAUUUCAUUUACUAAGUUACGUAAGCGACAACAGUUAGUAGGUUUGCACUGACGGCAGAUUGUUUUAUUGUGUGUCUGUUACAAAGGGAAUAAGAAUACAUGCAGCUGUAGGAUGAGGAGUGUUUGUUUAAAUAACCUCCAAUUUUCUGAGUAAAAUCCCUUUCCCUUUGGAAUUGUAUUGGUCAACCCUGACUGCUUAUUUAUUGUAUGAAAACUCAGCCUUACAUACUGCAUGGUGCCAUCUUGUCUUAUUUUUUAAAUAAAUAAUCAUCUU